AAUAACAAACCCGUGAACGUGAGCCGCGAUAUCCCAAUGUUUACCUCUCGCAGUGAACGGAGAGGAGGGGACCAAGGCUCGCGAGCAUGAUGGUCCCACCGUGUCUCGUUCCGUGUAUCCACAUCGUUAACCAGUCACCGGCGAUCGCCGAGCAGGAACGGUUUGUUCGCUCUUGUCGGUUCGCCUCGGUUCGCCUCGGUCCUCUACGCUGUUUUUGUCCGUGACGCGCGUCAAUUGCCGCGGAAACGUUCCCGUCGCGCGUUCCGCCGCGUGAUCCACCGAAAGCGGGGGCCUGUACGCGGUGCUCGCGCCGCUUCGCCAUUGCUGACCGGUACAAAAAAGUGAACAGUGCGGCCAAAUAUCGGUAUACAGUGACGUAGAAUUUAUCGUGGGAUUUUAGAGAUUUUCGGUGCGCGUUCCGUUGCGCAUGUUCCGUUGCUCCACGGGAAAAGUGUUCGCGUUGCUUCAGUGAACAGUGGCGUAGAAUCUAUCACGGAGUUUUAUAUCAUUCCGAGCAUCUCCGAUCUUUCCGCAGCAUCAGACAAAUAUCCCGAAGACGUUCAAAGAAAAAUUCAAGGACCCACGAAACAGGACUCCAUUGUCUUUCGACAAGAACGAAAGCCGCCAAAGAGACACAGUCCCAUUGUCUCGGUCUAGACAAAACCACGCAGUCAUGGAGCCGCGCGUCAUCCUAAUCGAGCCAGCGUCUGGUCUCUCCAGGAAGAAGUCACUUAUUACUUGCGCAACAUAGCGAUCAGGUGGGGACCAGGUGUCGGCGUAGUGUAUCUACGAUGAGAACAACGUCACAGUGCCUUGAUUUCGACUUUGGUAUCGUAUCGUAACGAUGAACGAGCCCCGAGAACACCGCGAUCGACCAGCGCCGGAAGGAGCCGACGUCGAAUCCGCGAACGGCGCUUCAAAAAUGGACGAUGCAGGAACAAAAGGACCACCUGAGCUCGGAUCCAGCGAUCCAUCGAUCGAGCCGAAGGCUCUCCCGGACCAGCAAGACGUCCCGAAGCCGCCGAUCCGGCUGUUCCAAAAGCGCAAGGUCGGCGAGAUGGUAGCCGCCGAGGUUUCCGUCGACCUUGAGAGUGAAUCCUACCGAUCCUGUCGCUCGUACAAGGUGGUCACGGUCGAGGAGAGUACGGAGAAUCGUCGGAAGAAGUUCUGGGAGUCCCGGGGCGAGCUGUUCAAGCAAAAAGCCGACGAGAGCGCGCCGAUGAAGCAAUCGGAAGAGGCGAACGCCGAGGCGGACGCCAUUUUCCGCAAGGCGAUCAGCGACCUGCGCUUCGAUCUAGACGAUCCGCAGCCUUCUAACAAGGAUCUGGGCUGCUUGGAAGCGAUCGGCGCGGAGGGCGUCGCCUCCGAGGAGACGAGAUCGAAGGAGAUAGCGAUAGACGAGCGCGAUUCGGUCGACGGCGGAGCGGCCGCUCGAGAUAGCGCGAGGAACGCGACGGUGGAGGGUGUUACACGGCGUCGGGAGGAAAGGAGUGGGGGAGAGAAGAAUCGCGAAAGCUCGGCGGCCGAUUGCGAGAGCGCUUUGGGCUGUUCGCCGAGGGACGGGGAGGGGAAGACUCGGAGCGAGAGGGCGGGGGUCGAUCGUUCGAAGGGCUUAGACUUUUCCUCGAGGCGCUGGAGCUCUUUGGAGGAUCUGCCGACGAAGGACCCCGAGAGGGCCGCCAGCCCGAAACCGGGGACGCCGGAGAGGCAGAAGCUGAAGGAAAAGAUCGGGACGCUGAGGUCCUCUCUGGAGCGGAAGAUGGGCUCCGUGGAGAGGAUGCUGGAGGACCACGUGGAGAGGAUCCUCGAGGAGAACGUGGAGAAGCACCCGUGGCUGCUGCCGAUCGAGUCCUGGAUCGCCGAGCAUUGCAAGCAUUCGGACAACAAUGCUCCGAGGCUCCCCGAUCGGCGCAACGGUGCCGAGAAGCCCGACAGAUCGAGGAUCGAGCCGAGCUACGAGGUGAAGUACACGGCCCAAGGGAGCGAGGAGCCGAGGAUCGACAGCAGGAUCGAGAAUCUGAGGAAGGGGAGAACGACCAGCUCGAUAAAGUCGGGAUUCGAUGCUGUGCACCUGAUCUCGAAGCUGAAGAGGUCCGAGAACUCGUCGCCGGCCGCUACGCAGAAGGAGGAGAACGCGGCGGCGAAGGAGAACGGCGCCGUCGAGGCCAAGGACGUCAGGCAUCAGGAUCUGUUCGACAAGUUCAAGGACAACGUCAAGGAGAAAAUGGAGGACAUUCACAGG